CUCCUCCCAGCUCACCUCCUCCCACCCCCACCAUGGCUGACACCUGCUGCUCCGGGAACUGCGCUCCAGCCGUGUCCACCAUGUCCGUCUGCUCCAGUGACAGGAGCUAUGGCAGCCGGGUCUGCCUGCCCAGAGCUUACACCGGCUCCUCCUGGGAGGUGGACGACUGCCCUGAGAGCUGCUGUGAGCCUCCCUGCUGCACCUCUACUUGCUGCCAGCCCACCUGUGCCCCCACCUGCUGCCAGACCUCCUGCUGUGCCCCAGCUCCCUGCCCGACCCUCGUCUGCAUCCCCGUAAGCUGUGUGUCCAGCCCCUGCUGCCAGGCGGCCUGUGGGUCCAGCCCCUGCCAAUCAGUCUGCACCAGCUCCUGCAAACCCUCCUGCUGCCAGCAGUCUAGCUGCCAGCCUGCAUGCUGCCCUCCCUCCCCCUGCCAGCAGACCUGCUGCGUGCCUGUCUGCUGUAAGACCGUCUGCUGUAAGCCCAUCUGCUGUGUCCCCAUCUGCUGUGGGGCCACCCCCUGUCCCUCCUUCUGCUGCAGACCCUCCUCCAGCAUGUCCCUCAUCUGCCGCCCUGUGUGCAAGCCUGCCUGCUGUGUGCCCACCUCCUCCUGUGUGUCCCUGCUCUGCCGCCCUGUGUGCCCCCACCCAGCCUGCUGUGGCCCCUCAUCCAGCCAGAAGUCCUGCUGCUGACCAGGCACUCCCCCCAGGGCCAGCUGGGCUCCA